CCGCUACACUGACAGCCCAGAUCCGUCCACGUCAACAGGCGAGCGCUGGCGAUGGACUCGGGGCUGCUGGAACCGUCUCUGUACGCGGUGAAGGCCGUUUUCAUCCUGGACAAUGAAGGAACUCGGCUUCUCUCAAAGUACUACGACCUUGACCUGUAUCCCUCACAAAAGGAGCGGGAGAAUUUCGAAAGGAACGUCUUCAACAAAACGCACAAAGCCGACCAGGAGAUUGCGUUUCUGGAAGGCAUGACCGUAGUCUACAAGAGCAGCGUUGACGUGUUCUUCUACGUGGUCGGGAGCUGCCAAGAAAACGAGCUCCUGUUGAUGGCAGUUCUCAACUGCCUCUUUGAGACCCUCGCUCAGAUCCUCAGGAAGAAUGUGGAGAAGAGGUGUCUGCUGGACAACUUGGAUGGCGUCUUCCUCGUGGUGGAUGAGAUCAUUGAUGGAGGGGUCAUCUUGGAGAGUGACCCCCAGCAAGUUAUUCAGAAGGUCAAUUACCAGGCAGAUGACCGCCCCCUUUCGGAGCAGAGCGUGGCUCAGGUUUUACAGUCUGCAAAGGAGCAGAUCAAAUGGUCAAUACUGAAGUAACUCAUUUUACCCCAUCGAUUCCUGAAUUAUCAUUCAAGUCAGGUUGGCUGCUGAAGUCUGCAGAUGGCAUACACGCAGAAAUUCUGCGUAAAGAUCUAAUAGUGCUAUUUAUGUAAUUCAGUCUCAUUUUUAAGGACCGGGAGGAGGAAGGUAUUGUGUUGAGCAACAGUUGUGUGGGGUAGUCUUUAACCAGAGCGCCCUCUUGUGGUAGCAGCCAACUGAGCGUGGAAGUCAGCAGGGGCAAAAUCUGUAUUUAGGUUGUUGCAGCUUCCUUUUUGCGUUACGAUUGUAUCAACGUAAAUUAUUCAGACAGCGCAACCUUUGGAGGAAAUAAGGAGAAGUUCUGAUUGGUGUGGUGUUUGCGUAGAGGUAUCCGCAAAAGUCUUUAUCGUUCCUUAAUGUUAAAGACGACUUUUUUUCUUACACGUUUGUUGAUUUCUCUCGUUUUUGACACUGGCGACCCAUGAUUUGUGCUCUGAACCCAAGAUGUUUGUUUUAUGUCACUGAAUACAUCUGGUGCCAAAGAUGUACCAAGGAUGCCUUUAAUCCUCUGGGUGCCCUUUAUUUAGUCUUUUCUUGUAACACGAUGUCUUAGUGUUUUAAUCUGUUGUUUCAUCAUGGAGUCUUUAAAUGUGUCUUAGAUUUGUUUAGCUGUGCUAAAAAAAAUGUGUCCCAGUUGUGUGUCUUGCACUUGUAAAUAUAUUUCAGUAAGAAAAAGAUUUACUUUUUUAAAAUAUCUUUAGAAAAUGUUUUACUGAUACCUUUGUGAUACAUUUCAAUGUAUAUUGAAUGAGUAAAAAUAAAUAAUUUUUUUUCCCCCCGGCUAAAGAUUAUAUAAAUUCUACAUAUAUCCAAAACUAUUUGGAACAAUACUGAAGGAUAGAUGUGUCAGGGAACUUUGACUAGAUGCCACUUAUACAUACCAAUAAGUGAGGACCCAAAUAUGCAUUAGAAUUACCUUAAGAUUAAUUCUGGGAAGAGUCUUUUUUUACACAUCUGGAGAAUGUAGCAGAACUAAAUGUUCUGUUUUCAUUCAAUUAAUUUGUUGCACCAUUGCUUGGUGGAAUACUUAAUAACCAACAAAACA